CAGGGAUCUGCAAUACAUUGCAGCUACGUUGUGACAUGUGGAGGUCUAUAUUCAGACAGGCUGUCCCAGAAAUCAGGCUGCAGUAGUGAGCCACGAAUAGUGCCUUUUCGGGGAGAUUACUUGGUGCUAAAACCUGAAAAACACUACUUAGUCAAAGGCAACAUUUAUCCUGUUCCAGAUCCAAAGUUUCCUUUCCUUGGUGUGCACUUUACGCCCAGAAUGGAUGGUAGUGUCUGGCUUGGACCAAAUGCAGUUUUGGCAUUUAAACGAGAAGGUUACAAUGUUUUUGAUUUUGACCCACACGAUUUUGCAGAUGCCAUGUCCUAUAGUGGCGUCCAAAAACUUAUAUUGAAAAAUAUAGCCUUUGGCUUGAAUGAAAUGUACAGAGGAGUUGUAAUGGGUGCCCAAGUGAAACAGCUUCAAAGGUACAUACCAGCACUCACCGUGAAUGAUGUCACAAGAGGGCCGUCUGGAGUAAGAGCCCAAGCCUUGGACAAAGAUGGCAAUCUUGUGGAUGACUUUGUGUUUGAUGGAGGUUCUGGUGCAAUUGGGAGCCGUGUUCUUCACGUUCGAAAUGCCCCUUCUCCUGCAGCAACUUCAUCCUUAGCUAUUGGUGAAAUCAUUGCUGACGAAGCAGAAAAGAAAUUUAAGUUGUAAUAUUUUACAUGUUUAUGUUUUCUAAAAUUUUGCUAAGUUACGCACAGCCAAAUAUGGCAAAAUCUAAAACUCAGAAUGAAAACUCAGUAAGUCAGAUGAAUAGCUGAAUUACUUGUUACUGUAUGUGGUUUCUCUUUUUAUACUUCUACAAGAUUGAGUCCUACUGAAGACUGUUGCACUGAAAUUCAUUACAUAGACUGAAGGCUGUUGCACUGAAAUUCAUUACAUAGACUGAAGGCUGUUGCACUGAAAUUCAUUACACAGACUUUUAUUUGUGAAUUUAAUCAAAGGAGGCUGAUCCUCUCCAGCCUAUUUCAGAAAUGCCUUAUUUGCAUAUGUAAAAGUUUCAAUAGCUAAUUAUUAAUGCUGAAUUAUAUUAACCCAGCUUAAAC